AUGCGGGUGCGAAUACCGCAAGGUACGCACCCAAAGACUUCUCAUACACAGCCCAGGCACGGUGACGAGACGAGCCUGAGGCCAGCAUAUAAGACAACGGCACGCCUGGCGAAGAGCCCACCCCCAGGCAGCUAUCGCGACAGGGCCCGGGAUGCUUGCCAUGGGCGGCGCCUCCUCGAUGCCGUUCCACGGGCGUCCACGGAAGGUGCCGAGGGGGAGUACCUGUUCCAGAGGACGCGGCUCAUGCGCUUCGUACUGGCAAACGAGGGCAGCGUCGAGGAUGCUGCAGCCCAGUUCCGGCGGAUGCUCCAGUGGCGCCGAGAGGCGAACAUUGCCCAGAUCCGCGCCAACGUGAAAGGCAGGCCGUGGGCCGCCGAGUCAGUGCCCGGCCUGGACCGCCUGCUGGGGUUCAUGUGGCGGGGCCGGCGGGUGGUGAUGGACUUGUGGGGCACCACCCCGACCGGGGACUUGCUGAUGGUGCAGUGCGACGGCCUGACCCAGUUCAGCGGCAUGAGCGAGGUGACCGACGAGGAGUUGAACGAGUCCCUCUACUCGAUGCUGGAGCUGCGCCAGGAGCAUCUGGACAGGAUGAGCGAGGAGCAGGGCAGGCUCGUCAUGGUGGUCCAGGUGAGAGAUCUGUCCGGCAUGGCCAUAAUGUCGUUGUUGAGCAACGCUCGCUUGAUAGGCCAGCUGCAGAGCGUGAUCAAGAACGGCAUGGACGCGUACCCCGAGUGCUCCAAGAACACGGUGCUUCUGAACGCGCCGAGCUCUUUCGAAGCGCUGAUGGCCCUGGUGCGGCCGAUCACGAGCGCCCGGGCACAGGCACGAGCACAGGCCCGUUGGCUCAAUCAAACCUCCCGGUGGCCGGUCGCACUCAGGCCCUGGGGGGGCCCGAGAGCUUGCGAGUUCUUGGGCGACUUCGUUCCGAUGCUGGUGCUGCGGUCAGUAGCGCAGAGGUUGCCGCGGGCUCGUCGGCCGCUGGGGUGCUGCGCGUGGGCGCAGGCGAGGACGUGGGCUGGUCGUUCGCAGUGGACGCGGGGAGCGCGGACAUCGGGCUCGCUACUCCAACUCUCGGCUUCAGCGUCCGCUUCUUCCCCGACGCAGCGGACAGCCCCGCCGUGGAGGCCAAGGCUUAUGAGGAUGUAA